GUCUAUUUUGUCCGACAAAACGUCGAGAAAUUUGUUUUUCUUCUUGUGCUUGAACCUUUCCUUCGCCUUUGUGGAGCUGAGUUACGGCAUCUGGAGCAACAGGCUCGCCAACCUUCACAUUCGCCCCCGUCGCUUGCCUGUUGCGUGCGCCGUGGAUGUGCCACGUAUGUACGCACGUCUGUGCGUGCCGGUGCUCGAGAACAGGAAGUGACGCAACAGGAGGCACGCUGCAUUCGGAGGAAGUGGGACUUCCGACUUCCAACUAGGAAAAGUGCACUCCAAACACCCCUUUGAACGGGAAGAACCGAGUUGCAAAGUGUGAAAAAAAAAGACUAUGAGAAUGCUCUUGUGCAUGCCUUCAGUCUAGGUCUGAUCUCGGACUCGUUCCACAUGUUCUUCGACUGCACGGCGCUGCUGGCGGGCCUGGCGGCCUCUGUCAUCUCCAGGUGGCGUUCCAACGACAGCUUCUCUUACGGCUAUGUCAGAGCCGAGGUCAUAGGCGGCUUUGUCAACGGACUCUUCCUCAUCUUCACUGCUUUCUUCAUCUUCUCUGAAGGCGUUGAGAGAGCUCUGGAGCCGCCGGACGUUCAUCACGAGCGUCUUCUUCCUGUCUCAGUGGCUGGCCUGCUUGUCAACCUGGUGGGAAUCUUUGUUUUCCAACACGGAGGACAUGCACACUCGCACGGAGAGCAAGGUCACGGACACAGCCAUUCGUUGUUUAACGGCAGCGCGGCCCAUGAGCGUGGCCGCCAUGGUCGCCACGACGGGCACGGCGGUCAUGCCUACGAAGACCACGCCGGUCACCACGGGCAUAGUCAUCAUGAUCCUGACAACGAGCGUCGACCGGGUUCCAGUAAACAGAUCCUCCAAGGUGUGCUGCUGCACAUCAUGGCCGACACUCUGGGCAGCGUGGGCGUGAUCGUUUCAGCUCUUCUGAUGCAGAAUUACAACUUGAUGAUAGCUGACCCCAUCUGCUCCAUGCUCAUCGCGAUCCUCAUUGGAAUCAGUGUGGUCCCGUUGCUGCGAGAGUCCAUCGGCAUCCUGAUGCAGAGAACGCCUCCAUCCCUGGAGCACGUCCUCCCCGAGUGCUAUCAGCGGGUGCAGCGGCUCGAGGGCGUGUACAACGUGCAGCAGCCACACUUCUGGACCUUGUGCAGCGACGUCUACGUGGGAACUCUCAGAGUGGCCGUGGCCCCCGACGCCGACGCCCGCUGGAUACUCAGCCAGACGCACAACAUCUUUACGCAGGUGGGCGUUCGGCAACUCUAUGCAGAAAUUGACAUGGCUGCCAUGUAGAGGCUCCCCCUCUCUGGACUUUGGGACCAAUCACAGUCUGUGGCGGUGAUCUCUGAUCUCACCCGGGGUCACGGCGUGACUUUUCGUGGAUGGGGCCUGACUGUGAUGAACCUGGCCGGAUCGCUCCACUCCCUCCGUUCGGCCCAGCCUUGCCCGCUUGGAGCAAAUUGUCGGAAAGUGCCUUGGCUAUUCAUCAUGGCCCUGCCCCCUGACACAAUGCUGCUAGCUGAUUGGACCGUGUGUGUGUGUACGCCCACGUGCCAAUCCAUGUGACCAGUCCCCAACAAUAAUAAAAGGUCGUUUGAGGUCAA